ACAUAAAAUCUUGAUCUGUCCAAAACAAAUAGCUAAAAAAUAAAUUUAAAACCAAAUUGGUUCCCCCUCGUCCUGCCCUUCUCUCUUGCACAACCCUCACCUCCUUUCAGCAGAGCAGAGCGGACCCUUUCACUCUAUCAGACGUUUCAGUCACCUCGAAAUAGUAACCUUCAUUUUCUUCAGUUCUAUGCUUUAGGGGGCUCAUGUGUCAUCCCAAGAUUGAAACUUUUGGGUUGAAUAAAAUGAAAUUAAUAAAGGGCCAAUCUUUUCUUCUUCUUCUUUUACUAAUUUCUGCUGUUUCAGCUGCUGGUGCUGCUGCUGCUGAAGGGGUCUUUUUAGAAUUUUAGAAUGAUAGGAUGCAAUGAUGAUGCAAGAGGCAACUAAUUUAAAGUGACUGGUUCUUAUGAGGGGCUUUGCUGAGUCAAUGAUCAUUUGUGUCUCCCUAAACAGUCAUGAAUCAGAUGGUUUCAUUGGUGUAAAUAUAGGUACAGACCUGUCUGACAUGCCUGACCCAACUCAGGUUGUGGCCCUUCUCAAGGCUCAGCAAAUCCGGCAUGUCAGGUUGUAUGAUGCUGACAGAGCUAUGUUACUCGCACUUGCUAAUACUGGAAUUCGUGUAACUGUAUCAGUACCAAAUGAUCAACUGUUGGGAAUUGGACAGUCAAAUGCCACAGCAGCCAAUUGGGUUUCCCGAAAUGUUAUUGCCCAUAUUCCUGCUACCAACAUCACUGCUAUAGCUGUUGGAUCUGAAGUUCUGACAACCCUUCCAAAUGCUGCCCCAGUCCUGGUCUCUGCAAUGAAUUUCAUCCAGUCUGCCCUAGUUGCUUCUAAUCUUGCUUCCCAGAUAAAAGUAUCCACCCCGCACUCUUCUUCCAUUAUUCUUGAUUCAUUCCCACCUUCUCAAGCAUUUUUCAACCGCACCUUGGAGCCAGUCAUGGUUCCCUUGCUCAAGUUUUUGCAGUCUACUGGCUCCUUCCUUAUGCUCAACGUUUACCCAUAUUAUGAUUAUGUACAAUCAAAUGGUGCAAUCCCGUUAGACUAUGCUUUGUUUCGUCCUCUUCCUCCGACCAAGGAAGCUGUUGACCGUAACACUCUUCUGCACUAUACUAAUGUUUUUGAUGCAGUAGUGGAUGCAGCAUAUUUUGCCAUGUCCUAUCUGAACUUCACCAAUAUUCCCAUAAUAAUCACUGAAUCUGGUUGGCCUUCAAAGGGUGACUCUUCUGAGCCAGAUGCCACUCUAGAUAAUGCUAAUACUUACAAUAGUAACCUUAUCAGGCAUGUUCUUAACAACACAGGGACUCCAAAACACCCUGGGAUUGCACUGAGCACCUACAUCUAUGAGCUAUACAAUGAAGAUCUGAGACCAGGGUCUAUUUCAGAGAAGAACUGGGGACUUUUUAAUGCCAAUGGUGUACCUGUUUAUAUCCUACACUUGACAGGUUCUGGGACUGUUCUUGCAAAUGACACCACGAAUCAGACUUACUGUGUUGCGAAGGAAGGAGCUGAUAAGAAGUUGCUGCAAGCAGCCCUCGAUUGGGCUUGUGGCCCUGGAAAAGUGGAUUGCAAUCCGUUAAUGCAAGGAAAUCCAUGUUAUGAUCCGGAUACUGUGGUAGCACAUGCAUCAUAUGCUUUUGAUGCCUAUUAUCACAAGAUGGGUAUGACAGAUGGAACUUGUGACUUCAAUGGGGUUGCCACCGUCACAACCUCGGAUCCCAGUCAUAAUUCAUGUAUAUUUCCAGGAAGUGGUGGGAGGAAUAGGACCACCACAAAUGGCACCUCUCUAGCUCCAUCGUCGAACUCCACGGUAUCUGGCUGCCAUUCACAAUAUUUAAACGAGAAAGGUGUCCUUUUUAACUCCAUAACACUUGGUCUUAUGCUCUGGGGUGUUGCUUUCUUGUAAAACAUUGAUCUCUUACUUUUUGCUGCUUUUGAACUACGUUGACACUUGAGAAACCUUUGGGUGGAAAACUGCUACAACUUCUGCCACACCCAAUUUUGGUCAUCUGAAUUGAGCUAGGGUUGGCAUUGGGAUCUGCUUGGAUUAUAUAGCUGGCAAGUUGCUUUGAGGUGAGUGGUACAUUAACAUGUACAAAGAAGGCUUUGGGAUUAUUUCGAACCAUUGAUGUAAUUAGGUUAGAUUAGAGUCAAUUUGUACUCAAGGAUUGUAUUCUUUUAACCUGAAAAUGAAUUUGCAUAGAGUUGUCUCGACUCUUCAUAUUGUCUUGUAUCAUCUUUUCUUUUUUAUUGGGCAGAAGGUUGGUAGAAGUAAAUGACAUUGAGAUGUCUCCUUUGCUGCAAAUUGUUUCGAGUGGUCAAGUUUAUAAUGGCACUUGUUGGAUUUGACCUUUCUUUGUUU